GACAAGGUUCAGAACGUCCUGAUAAAGGAAAAGGGGGUAGCAAGGCCUGAAAAGAGUCAACGGCAGGCACCAAAGUAUGUACUUAGGGUGCUUGCUAAACUACCUACCACUGCUGCCCCCAGUCCAUCAUAUGUGGGGCCUCCUCCUACCCCUACAAUACAACCUCCUACCCCUGCAGUAGACCCUAUUCAUACCUCUGCAAUACACCCUUAUCCUACCCAUACAACACACCCUUCUCCUACCCCUGAUGCAGACCAUCUUCCUCCUCCUGUGAUUAUAACCCUCAUUCCUCCCCCUAUGCUUAUUACCCCCACUCCUCCCCCUGACCCUACUUCUAUACCUUUCUCAUCUUGUAUACCGCCUUCUGAGACUGUCACACCAUCUGCUGAUCCAGAUUCAACUGGUGAUGGUGAAGGUCUUGACCUGACCCUCCAUGAUCGACCAUGGAUUCAGCUGUAUGAGUUUCGUAAUAAGUGUGCCAAAGCCCAGAGGAAUAGAGCUUUUAAAAAUGGUGGCACCCUGCAUACUGGUUGGUCGAUCACGAUUCAUGAGCAUGCUAUUCGUAUGGCACAAGCUUUGGGACGGGCGAUCUAUGUUGAUGAGGUCUUUGCACAAACUCAUGUUCGGAAGGGCACUAAUGAAUUCGUUGAUGAAAGAUCUCAAAAGACUCAUGAAGAAUUUUCUAUGAGACUUUCACAGGUUAGAUCCGAACAUGGGUCAGUUCCUACACCGGAUGAUGCUAGUAAUGGAGAAGACGACAUCCGUAGGACACAGUGCUAG